UAUAAAUAUAAAGUACAAAAUAACACUGAGUCGAAGUGUUGUUUUGUUGCCUGUGGAAACAAAUUCAGAUGAAAACACUCGGAGUUCUCAGGUGGACAACGUGUCCCGUGUUGUCUUCCUGCCCCCGUGCCCACUUGUUCAGACGUGAGGCGCGUGCCCGCUCCAGCUCUCCUUGGCUUUGCACGUGCUGGGUACGCGAAGCCACGCCCCCCUCGACAGAUUGCUCUUUCACGUGAGUGCGGCGGGGGCGGGGGGCACGUGUUUGGCCACGAGUGUCUUUUGCUCUUUGCGAGCGACACAGAGUGACUGCACGAACGCGCUGCCUGUAUUUUUUGGGAGUGGGUGUGUCGCGAGGCUCAGACACUCAGACCGUGGAUGCAAACAGCGCGCGCCUCAUGAUUCCCCUGCAGUUUGCGGUCCAACACUGUGACAGCUUCCAUACUGAGACAAGAACAUGAAGCUACUCAGACUGGAUGUUCUCAUACGAUUCACGUCGCAUGGACUCCAUCUGUCUGUGUGAAGACAUGAGCUGUUAGCGGCCAAUCAGCGGCCGUACAGCUACUACACAGAUGAUACAUAUUCAUGAACGGCGCGCUGACAUCCAGUCAGCCCGCACUGUUCCGCGAGUGGGCGGGGCAGGCGACUCCUGAAUAUCCAAUGAGCGCGUUCGGUACACACACGGAGAACAAGGGGUCUGUGUAGCUCGCGUUUGUUUGUGCGUCCGAAAACGUUGCUACUGUUGACAAACAGGCCCGAAAGCAGCGGUUCUUUUGUGUCCGUUCCGCGGUGUCGGAGGCAGCUCUCGGUACCCGCAGCGCCCCGGUGUGUUAGCAGCUCGGCAGGGGGAACAAUGCCUGGCAAAGCCGCGGUGGCAGGGACGCUGGAGCCCAGUGGAGACGUCGCUCCGGCGGCUCCGCAGAAGUCUUUCCCUUUUGUUUUAAAGAAGAUUAUGGACAUUCCUCCUCCCAACAUCCUGGAGGAAGGCGACGACGAAAUAGAGAAGGAGAAGCUGUGCUCCUCUGAUGAUGUGGAAGGAGGUGGGGCCGUGGCAGCCAGUGCUGGAGGAGCUUCCAGAGGAGGUGGAGGUGGCGGCGGCAGCGGCGGUAGUGGAGGUGUGUCAGCCUCCCUGACCCCGGCCAUUUGGGACAAGACCAUCCCCUACGAUGGAGAGACCUUCCACUUGGAGUACAUGGACCUGGAUGAGUUCCUCCUGGAGAAUGGGAUCCCCGUGAGCCUGGAGGAGGAGGAGCUGCAGAAGACUCUGACCUCGGUGGAAGGCAAAGGCAAAUCCAUCUCCAAGGUUGUCGCCACAGCGUCUGCCACUACCACUACUACUACCACAUCUGCUACUCCUGCUCCAGCCGCCCCUGACGAUGCCGCUGAGGCCGCCUCUGUCUCCGCCUCAGCAUCUUCUUCCUCCACGGCCGCCUCAGAUCCAGAGGAGACAGUGACCGUCACUACGCUACAACCAGCAAAGCUAGAAGAAGAGGAGGAGGACGAAGAAGAAGAUGAAGAGGAAGAGGAAGGACAGGAAGAGGAAUCUGUGCCUGAGGAGGCAGCAGCGAAAGUGGAAGUAAAGAAAACAGAUCGUAACGCUGCAGAGCGUAACACACCUUCCCCCAUCGACCCAGAGGCCAUUGAGGUGGACAUUAAUUUCCAGCCGGAUCCCACAGACCUGGUGCUGUCCAGCGUGCCGGGGGGAGAACUGUUCAACCCUCGCAAGCACAAGUUCUCAGACGAGGAGCUGAAGCCACAGCCGAUGAUCAAGAAGGCCAAGAAGGUGUUUGUUCCCGAUGAACAGAAGGAUGACAAAUACUGGUCCAGGAGGAAGAAGAACAACCUGGCAGCGAAGCGUUCCCGCGACGCUCGGCGGCUGAAGGAGAACCAGAUCACGGUACGCGCCUCCUUCCUGGAGCGGGAAAACGCCGCUCUGAGGCAGCAAGUGGCCGAGCUGCGGAAGGACUGCGGCCGCUGUAAGAACAUCCUGGCCCGCUAUGAGGCUAAGUAUGGCCCGCUGUAAUAGAAGAACAACAUAAACAAAACAAAACAACAACAACUCAGAUUUAAAUCCAUGAAGUAUCAAUGGGACAAAAGCAGAACUCCCUUCCCCGCAGAAUUCAACACAGACACAAACACCGAGGGAAUCUAAAUUUGCACUGUUGUCUUCGCUGACCUGCAGUCGCUGUGUCGAGCUCCGGUCACAGUUUCUAACACGAUGCUGGAGUUUUGGAUGCACACUGGCAGGCGGUGAGAUAUGAUGGGAGCGGUGGUCACAGGAAGGCCUGUGGAGAGCGCCUGGCUCCUACACUCUGAGAGGAAGCGGACUGUUGUGGAUGAUCCCAUGGUCAAACGUGGUCUCUCUUAAGGAACGUUCAGGGAAGUCAUGAAAAGAGCAGGCAAAAAGAAUCACGGGCUAUCGAAUACUACACAAAUUAGUUUUUAUCACUGCACAACACUUCUUGGACCAAAGCAUGAGUAGCGUCAGUCAGGAGUUGUGCAUUUAGAGCGGUGCACACUUGCCGUCCCUCACUUUUCCUUGUGUUGUGCUUAACCUUGUACUCUGGUUGAGGCUCAGAAGAACCUCACGUGUUUAGAUCAGCGUAGGACAGGAACACAUGCAUACGUGAAUAAAGGAGCAGGAGUCAGAUUGACCUUCAGUCUGAAGAGUUAGACCUCAGGUCGGCACAGGAGACAGAGAGGAGAGUCCGUCAGCGGUGCGUUUCCGUUCAGUCACAGUUCUUCCUUCUUGUAACCCCCAUGCACGCCUCUGCGCACACAAAACCGCUGUUUAUAACUGUUUGUGUAUAUAUAGUCAUCUCCUAGUACCAUUUAGUUCUGUGUGUUUUUACUGUGUGUACUCCAUUUUUGCACUUUUUCUUAAAAAAAAAAAAAAAUAUACACACACAAAUAAUGUGUAAAGAUUAUACUGGAGGUAGUGGUCUACCUUCUUUACCAGAACCACGGUGGGACACGCGGUAGCUUACUAGGGAAGAAACUAGCAUGACCGACAGUUUAAAGCAACUGUGAUUUAGUUUCCUCUUCAGCUAAUCUCAGAUCAGCUUCCAGAACCUCACACGAGAUUUUUAUCGUUUUCUAAAUGGAGAAAGAGUAGCAGUUUUUUUUUGUCUGAUGAAGGCGUAAGUUUGACGAUCUGCAGGGCCCUCACCGGUGGAGGGGUAUGUUCUUAUGUAGGGAUGUUUAUUUUACUGCACAUUGCAAGUAGAGGGCGCUACAGUCACUGCCUGCCUGCUAAUGGUGUAGUGAUGACUGGAUCGGUUUUCUUUUGUCAGAAAGAUUUAGCCAGGCCCAAAGUUGACUGCUUCUAAAUCUUGUAAAUAAAUGAUCGUCUCAUGUUCUUUAUUUCCUAAGACAGGGACUCUGACUGUGUCUUUAUUAACCCAACACUAUUCCUUAUAUUUGCCAAAUAGUCAAUGAGUGCUGUAUUUAUUCUGAUGGUAAUAAUGCAUCUGUUGAUUGUGAUGUACAACAAUAUGUCAUAAAAUUCUAUUUCCUUUUGAGGAACAAUACACAUAUAAUGAUGCCAAUGACUAAGCAGGGAAUUCAAUGGGUAAACUGUGCUUUUGGAUGUUUGUUUUUAAAACAGAUUUAUAUAGAUAUAUGGGAUUUUUUUUUCCUCUAUAUAGAUACAUAUGUGUCUGAACACACAAGGGACAAGACGCCCUCUUAUUUACCUCAUCCAACACUUCCUAUUUUGAAUGCUUACAGGUUUCGCAGGGCUUCACAGUGGUGUUGGUAAAAGCAGAGAGCACAUAAACAGCAGCUUGGUUCCAUUUGGCAAAACCCAAGUUGACAAAAUGAGUUCUUUUUGCCAAGGUGGCUGAGUCUGUAUCGAAAUUAGUAAAUACAUUACAGACUGUUAUGGGACUUCUAUAUCUCAAGUGUCUUUCUCUGAUGCAGAUUUUGUAAUCGGCCGGCUUGUGCUCGUAAUCACGGCAAUCUUGGGAAAGAAAAUAAAUGUGGCAAUAAUACUCUGUUAUGUAAUGCUCGUUUAAGUUCAGUACUGAUGUUGUAUGUAAAAUUGCUAUGAUGUACUAAAUAGAAAUGCCCCAAAGUCAUUUGUGCUUCCAGUUUCGAUCCUCUGUAGUCUAGGAUCUUAAUGCAUGAAACCCAGUAAACUUGUCUUGUUUUUUUGUUUUUUUUCUUGUAUAUUUUUUACACCAAGUGUACUUAUGUCUGUAAACCAUCACUGAAAACUGGAUGUGUUUUUGGAUGGGGAAGGCUGAUGGUAUAUUGUACAGUUCUGUCUAAAAAGCAAAAGCAGAGCAUCUUCGCUACGAUGUGCUGUUUCUCGCUCGCAUAAUAGCACCACCUAUCCUCGUGCAGCGAGCGCUUGACCUUGUGACGAACAUCGGCCGAAAACAGCGUCUUUUGAUCACUGUGUGGGUUGUUUUUCUAUUUACUAAAGAAUGAUCUAUAGCUACAGAUACACUGGAUCAGCUGGUGCUUUUGUGUUUUCUUGAUAAAUAACGUGUUUCCUGACGGGGGCAGUACAACGGACAUUUCUUAGCGUUGUGUUUUGUGUUUGCAUCGACAUUCAGACGUGACAUUGACUGCAUUAUGCCGUUAGACAUCAGCGUAGUUAAUGAAUGCAAAUUGUUUUAUUUUUUUGUAACUGAAUCAGAAAUUUAUGCGUAAGGCUAACUGAACUGAAGGUACUUGGCUGAGAGAGCCUUUUUAAAAAGACAAUAAAUCAAGAUUUCGUAUAGUACCGCGUAUGGUAUGUAGCAGUUUGUCUUUUCUGAUGCGAAGAACCUCAAAAAACUGACAUUUAAAGUUCUACACGCACCCACCUGUUCUACCAAUUUGAAAGGAGAAGCGGCGCUGGUUUAAUCUUGGAAAUGUCUGAUGGACCUACAGAUCAAGACGGCUGCUGCACUGUUCUUGUGAGAAUUUAUAAUACUAAUCCAACGUGAUUGUUUCGCAGUAUCUGUCGGGAAUUUCUGUGAGACCUGUGGCAAACAUUAAGAUUUCUUCAGUAAAUUUAGCGUUAAUCUUCCUGUCUAGGCUGAGAUAUUUCAUCAAUACAUGACAAAUAGGUCAGUUUUGCAAGAUAAAAUUAAAAAAUGGAAUGUAAUUUAUACUAAGUGGACACAAAACAGCAGUCAUAACCUUCUACCUGCAGGUGGCGCAAUUACAAAAUUGUUUUCUUCAUCAAAGUAGCACGUCUACGCCAGAAGGUUUAAACUGUUGGCUCCAGGUACUUCGCAUCAAUGACACUAUGUCUUUGUUUACUCUUUAAAGUAGCUUCAAUACUCCUGAGAAAAAGAGAGAAAAAAUCUAUUGAAAACAUUUUAAAAGUUCUGUUUUGUGGUGUUUUUGCCUUUCUGUUUCUCUUUUUAUAUAAAGAUGUUUUCUUUUUGUUAGGUGUUUUUGUAUCGUCCUAACCAUGUUAUCGGAUACAUGCGAUCGCAGUACCAUGUCCUAACUGUAUCUUGUAUCAUGCAUAUGAAAUAAAUCUGAAUUUAAUGACGA